AGCGCGCUGAGCAGCGAGCAGGAGAACGCGUCCUCGCCCGUCGGCCGGGAGGCCCCGAGCCGGCCCAUGGGGAGCGGGUGUCCGGCACCGGCCAACAGGACCGCCGCCGCCCGCGCCGCGCCGGGUCCGUGAAGCCCAGGGACCCCCCUGGGAGAGCCCCAUGAGGGCAGGAGAGUGAUGGAGAGCACUCCCAGCUUCCUGAAGGACACCCCAGCCUGGGAGAAGACAGCCCCUGAGAACGGCAUCGUGGGACAGGAGCCUGGUACUCCACUGCAGGAUAGCCUGCGCCAUGGGGCACUGUGCCUGGGAGAGCCCGCUCCCUUCUGGAGGGGCGUCCUGAGUACCCCAGACUCCUGGUUUCCUCCUGGCUUCCCUCAGGGCCCCAAGGACACACUCCCACUGGUGGAGGGUGAGGGCCCCUGCAAUGGGGAGAGGAAGACCAGCUGGCUGGGUAGCAAGGAAGGACUGCGCUGGAAAGAGGCGAUGCUGGCCCAUCCACUAGCCUUCUGCGGACCAGCAUGCCCGCCUCGCUACGGCCCCCUUAUUCCUGAGCAUAGUGGUGGCCAUGCCAAGAGUGACCCUGUGGCCUUCCGACCUGUGCACUGCCCUUUCCUGCUGGAGACCAAGAUCUUGGAGCGAGCUCCCUUCUGGGUGCCCACCUGCUUGCCGCCCUACCUAGUAUCCAGUCUGCCCCCAGAGCGUCCAUGUGACUGGCCCUUGGCCCCACACCCCUGGGUGUACUCUGGGGGCCAGCCCAAAGUGCCCUCCGCCUUCAGCUUAGGCAGCAAGGGCUUUUAUCACAAGGAUCCGAGCACUCUCAGGCUGGCAAAGGAGCCCUUGGUCACGUUGGAACCUGGCCUGCUGGGCUCAGCCCCUGGUGGGCACCUCCAGAGAGCCCGAGAGGCAGAAGGCCCUUCACUCCACCUGAGGGAUGGGGAGACAGGAGCUGGCAGGCAGCAGAAUCUUUGCCCACUUUUCCUGGGGCAUCCAGACCCUGUUCCCCGGCCCCCCUGGCCCACUUGUCCCCCAGGCCUGGUUCAUACUUUUGGCAACGUCUGGGCUGUGCCAGGCAGUGGCAGCCUUGGGUACCCCCUGGGGCCACCAGCCACACCCAGGUGCCCCUCUCCUGGGCCUCCCACCACCCAGGGGGGCUGUUGCUCAUCCCACCCACCUGCUAGAGAGGGGGAUCUUGGUUCCUGUGGGAAGUGCCAGGAGGGCCUGGAGGAGGGGACCAGCGGGCCCCGUGAAUCCAGCGAGGCAGUGAGCAAGGUGCCUGGUCCCAGGGCCUGCCUGCCGAGCCACCACACCAAGCUGAAGAAGACGUGGCUCACGCGGCACUCGGAGCAGUUUGGGUGUCCAGGCGACUGUCCUGAGGAAGAGAAGAGUUCAACUGCCCGGCUCCGGGCCCUCAAGAGGGCAGGCAGCCCUGAGGUUCAGGGAGCAGCCCGUGGCCCUGCCCCCAAGCGCCCACCUGAUCCUUUCCCAGGCACCGUGGGGCAGGGGACUGGAGGUUGGCAGGAGGUGCUGGACACAUCAGUAGGGAGCAAGGCAGAGGCAGAACAGCAUGAGGAACAGAAAGGACCCCAAGAUGGCAGGACCAGCCUCAAGGACCCCGGACUUCAGGACAUACCUUGCUCAGCCCUGUCGGCAGGCAUCACUCAAUGCCAAAGCUGUGCCCAGGCAGCUGGAGAGGUGGGCGGGCUGACCUGCCACUCCCAGCAAGCUCGGAGAUUGCCUCUGGGAGGGGAGCAUCAGCAGGAGGAAGACUCCCCGGGCAGCUCUGAGGAGGGAGGAGGGUCUGGCUCUGAAGCUGGACUCAGCAGGGGCCUCGCCAAGCACCUGCUGAGUGGUUUGGGGGACCGAUUGUGCCGCCUGCUGCGGAGGGAGCGGGAGGCCCUGGCCUGGGCACAGCGUGAAGCAGGCCGGGGGCCAGCCAUGACUGAGGAUAGCCCGGGCAUUCCUCGCUGCUGUAGUCGUUGCCACCAUGGACUCUUCAACACUCACUGGAGAUGCCCCCGCUGCAGCCACCGGCUGUGUGUGGCCUGUGGUCGCAUGUCUGGUGCUGGGAGGGCCCGGGACAAAGCAGGCUCUCCGGAGCAGUUCACGGAGGAGUGUGCCCAGGAGGCUGGGCACACUGCCUGUUCUCUGAUGCUGACCCAGUUUGUCUCUAGCCAGGUGUUGACAGAACUGAGCACUGCCAUGCACCAGGUCUGGGUCAAGUUUGACAUCCGGGGUCAUUGCCCCUGCCAAACUGAUGCCCGGGUGUGGGCCACUGCGGAUGGAGGCCAGCAGAAGGAGCCGACAGAGAAAACUCCCUCAACUCCACAACCUUCCUGCAACGGGGAUCCCCACAGGACCAAGGACAUCAAAGAGGAGACCCCAGACUCCACUGAGACCCCAACAGAGGACCGUGCCAGCCGAGGGCCCCUGCCUUGUCCCUCUCUCUGUGAACUGCUGGCCUCUACUGCUGUCAAACUCUGCCUGGGGCACGAGCGGAUCCACAUGGCCUUUGCCCCCGUUACUCCUGCUCUGCCCAGCGAUGACCGCAUCACCAACAUCCUGGACAGCAUCAUUGCCCAGGUAGUGGAACGGAAGAUCCAGGAGAAAGCCCUGGGGCCCGGCCUUCGAGCAGGGCCGGGCCUGCGCAAGGGCCUGAGCCUGCCCCUCUCACCAGUGAGGCCCCGGCUGCAGCCCCCGGGGGCCUUGCUGUGGCUGCAGGAGCCCAGGCCUCGGCGAGGUUUCCGCCUCUUCCAGGAGCACUGGAGGCAGGGCCAGCCCGUGUUGGUGUCAGGGAUUCAGAGAACACUGCAGGGCAACCUGUGGGGGAUGGGAGCGCUGGGGGCACUUGGAGGCCAGGUGCAGGCGCUGACCCCCCAUGGGCCUCCCAAGCCCACAAGCCUGGACAGCACAGCCUUCUGGGAGGGAUUUUCUCAGCCCGAGAUGCGCCCAAAGCCAGACGAGGGCUCUGUCCUCCUGCUGCACCGAGCUCUGGGAGAUGAGGACAUCAGCAGGCUGGAGAACCUGGCGUCCAGCCUGCCCCUCCCUGAGUACUGUGCCCCCCACGGGAAACUCAACCUGGCUUCCUACCUCCCGCCGGGCCUCGCCCUGCAUCUGCUGGAGCCCCAGCUCUGGGCGGCCCAUGGCGUGAGCUCACACCGUGGACACCUGGGGACCAAGAACCUCUGUGUGGAGGUGGCUGACCUGGUUACCAUCCUGGUUCAUGCGGAGGCGCCACUGCCUGCUUGGCACCGGGCACAGAAAGAUUUCCUUUCAGGCUUGGAUGGGGAGGGACUCUGGUCUCCUGGUAGCCAGGUCAGCACCGUGUGGCACGUGUUCCGGGCACAGGACGCCCAGCGCAUCCGCCGCUUUCUCCAGAUGGUGUGCCCUGCUGAGGCAGGUGCCCUGGAGCCUGGUGCCCCAGGCAGCUGCUACCUGGACGCGGGGCUGCGUCGGCGCCUACGGGAGGAGUGGGGCGUGAGCUGCUGGACCCUGCUGCAGGCCCCCGGAGAGGCCGUGCUGGUGCCGGCAGGGGCGCCCCACCAGGUGCAGGGCCUGGUGAGCACAGUCAGCGUCACCCAGCACUUCUUGUCCCCUGAGACCUCUGCCCUCUCUGCUCAGCUCUGUCACCAGGGACCCAGCCUGCCUCCUGACUGCCACCUGCUUUAUGCCCAAAUGGACUGGGCGGUGUUCCAAGCAGUGAAGGUGGCUGUGGGGACAUUAGAGGAGGCCAAAUAGGGGACAUGGGGGUGGGGCGGGGUGGCAGGCAGGUAGUCCAGGUGCUCCAUCUGGUGCAGCUUUGCCUGGCGCAGCUUCAGCCAGGGAAGGUGCCGGGGGACUUGGGGACUUUUGGUCAAUCCCACAAACACCACUCUGGCACAAGCAGGGUACCCCACUCCUCACCCUUGCCUGGGUCCUAACACCCACAACCACAGUGCCACCGAAGAAGCUCGCACUCACCUUUGCAGGCUGGCACCUGCUCCACCCCUCCACCCCGCUCCAUAUUAAGGGUGACUGACUCCCUUUAACGCCUGCACCCCGGCACAGGAGACAAACAGCCCUUCUUUGGGGGACCUCGGGCAUCGUUCUGGCCUAAGCAACACUUCCUUCUGCUGCCUCAUCCCCUGCCGUCCCGCCCUGGCCUCCAGUUCUGCUUAUCACACCUGGGCUCCCUGGCAGCUCUUCCCACUGCAGACCUGCUGGACUGGGGGCCCCCACAAUUCUUCCCUCCUGCCAGAAGAGCUGUGAAGUGUGGGUGUGGGGAGGAGAUGGCAUCAGGGACUGCCUGGCUUGGCUGGAGAGGACACCGUGAUGCCACCCCUGCCCCCUCCUCCUGCCUUCGUGAUUUCCAUUAAACUCUUGUUCUGUGACUGCUGCCAGUGUGGUUGGCCCUGCUCCUGCAGACCACGUGGCCUAGGGAGGGAGGAGAGCCGAGGCAGAGAGGGGGCAGGUGGGGACUGGGGACCCAGUGACAGGGACCUCGAAUACCACUGCCUGCUUUUCUUCUGGGAGUCUGGGUUCCUGGAGCCUCCCAGGGAGCUGCCCCCUGAAGAUGCUCCUGACUGUGACAGCAGGCAAGACACAGUCCCGGGCAUAGCACUGAAGUGGCCUCCCUGGGCAGCACUGGCCUGUGGACUCUGGAGCCCCACUGCUUCCAGCAAACUCCCACCUUCUCCACUGCUGCCCUCCCGUCUGCCCUGACCUGGAGGGAAAUCCAGGAAGCCCUGCCCAGCUGACUACCCUCGGUGGCCACAGUGCCCAAGGCUGAGCUUCACUGCCAUUCUGCUCCCAUCCGCCGUCCCUGGGCCCUUCUGGUGUGGCUCUCCCUCUGCCCUCCCCUGUGUAUCUCAGCCAGCUCUUGGCAGACCUAAUUGUUCCUGCUGUGGUUCGGGGAUUUUUUAUUAAAUAAAAUUUUUUAUUUUAAA